AUGCCGCCGACGACGACGAAGCCGCGGUGCCGCGUCGUCGCGCGCGCGCCGCGAUGGAUCGCGCGCGCGCGCGGGACCGGGACGUCGACGAUCGCGCGCGCGUGGUCGAAGAAAGACGACGAUGAGAUCUGGGAUGAGGAUGAGCGACGACGGGUCGAGGAGAAUAAGCGAUGGCGACGGACGGACGACCCGAGCGAGGCGUGGGACAUCGAUAAGGAACGGGACGCGCUGAUGUAUAAGCGAGAGAGCCUGGAGGCGCUGCUGCGCGUGGAGUACGAGCCGGAGGAGGGGAGGGGGGAGGCGAAGGACGACGACGACGACGACGCGCGCGCGUGA